AUGCCUCCGUCUCUUCAGGCGUCUGAGCCUGCUCGUCGCGUCGGCCCUUACCUCUGGACGCAUCCCUUCACACACUUGUCGCCCCAGACCUGCUUCGUACUGGACUCCGGCUCCGGUUCCGACCCGGUCGGCUACUGCAUCGGUUGCCCCGACAUUGCAGCCUUCUGUGCCGCUUGGCCUUCCUACGUUUCCUCCAUCCUCGACCCUUCACCGGAGGUCCAGCCCCCCAAGUGGGAGGAUCGGGGGACGAAAGCACCUUGGCUGCUCGACGACGGUCAGAUCAACGAGACGGCUCUCGCUCAGAUGGCAUACCAAGCUGAGUGGCUGCUUCUCAACGGGCAGGAGGACCUCAUGGAGGAGGGGUACAAGGCGACUAUGCACAUCGACCUUUUGGACGAGUGGCAAGGCAAAGGCUGGGGACGUAAGCUGAUUGAGGCGUUUGUCGAGAGUGUGAAAGCCGCGCGGCAGCAGCAGGAUGGGAGCGUCAGCCGAGGGAUCUGGAUCGGUGUCGCGGCCGACAACUCCAAGGUUGUGCCGUUUUACCAAAAGCAGGGCUUCAAGAUCAAGGAGAGGAGGAAGCAGUCCAAGUCCACUACCAUGGUUCGCGAGUAUUAG